AAGGGGUCGAUAGGCGAGGGUUCUCCAAGGUCGUUCGGAAGCUUCUAGUUCCUCUUGAAUUCCGAAGUCGAUCGUCUCCUGGCAACUUGCAUCGUCGGCGUUCGUUGGGGACUGGAGUUCAUCUGCGCAGAUGGCUUUCUUCUCUGGAAUCCGCCGCCUUAUUCGCGAUUCAUCUUCUUCCUCGUCGAUUCUCUAUUCGCAACUUAGUUCGAUUCGUCUUAGUUCAACUCUCACAUCCCCCAGGCUUUUCGUCAGUGGUCUUUCAAGACUGACUACAGAUGAAAAACUAAAGGAAGCAUUUGCUCCUUUUGGGCAGCUGGUUGAAGCUAAGAUCAUAACUGAUAGAAUCUCUGGAAGAUCAAAGGGAUUUGGUUUUGUAAGUUACGCAAACAUAGACGAUGCUGAAAAGGCCAAAGAAGGAAUGAAUGCUAAGUUUUUGGAUGGAUGGGUUAUUUUUGUUGAUCCUGCCAAACCAAGAGAACCUAAACCACUGCAGUCACAGCCUCAGCAAUCUGAAACAGGUUUUACAGUUAACAAGACUGUUGGAUGGUGUGGUUAGUUGUUGAAGAGAAACUUUCAUCCGUUUCAUUGUGCAAGGUUAUUCUUGAAAAACUAUAGUCAUUUAAGCCAAUUAAACAUCAAUUGCUGGAGAAAUUUUGUAUGAGCUGGCAACAUCCUAUUGGACUUUAUAUUUCAGGAAAUUCUGAUGUUAAUUUGGAAUUAAUUUGUUAGCGUGAUAUGAAACUCUGUCCUUGUUGAUUUACGUGUUGCCAUUUAUGGUGUCAA